AAUACAUCCAAAAAAGGAAAUUUCCUGCCAGAUUACCGAUCGCUACCUACAAGGACCUCCUCUUUCAGAGUCGGUGAUCUCUUUCCGCCCCGACUGAUCCAUAGAAGAAACAGACAAUUUGUCUCCAGCCCAUUUUCCUCGAAGACUUCUGGCGAUGACUCCUUCUAUCAAUGGCUUUACUAACGGUCAUACAUUUUCGAAUGGCCUCCAUGGACACUCUGUACACAAACCUUCACCUAUCGAAGGCUUUGGCACGCGCGCAAUCCACGUCGGAUCUGAGGCUAAUCGCGAGACAGGCGCAGUCAUUCCUCCAAUAAGUCUGAGCACGACAUACAAGCAGGAUGGAGUUGGAAACCACAAAGGUUUCGAAUAUUCUCGCUCAGGUAACCCGAAUCGCGAUGCUCUUGAAAGGGCAUUGGCAUCAGUUGAGUCUGGCGGUGCACACGCUCUCGCGUUUGCUUCAGGAUCUGCAACGACUGCAACGAUGAUUCAAUCCCUUGGUCCUGGUGCUCAUGUAAUUUCUGUCAACGAUGUCUACGGAGGCACUUUUAGAUAUAUGGCAAGAGUCGCAGCAGAUACACAAGGCGUUGAAACCACUUUCCUCAAUCUUGAGGACCUCGCUGAAGGCAGUGAAGGCCAUCUGACGCUCCUUAAUGCCCUUAGACCAAAUACCAAACUAAUUUGGGUCGAAAGCCCAACGAAUCCUACUCUGAGGUUAAUUGACAUCAGUCGGCUCGCCUCCAUAUUUGAUACCCAUUUCGCAUCAUCACCAACGUCUAGACCCUUACUUCUCGUAGAUAACACAUUCGCAUCUCCCUUCUACACGUCACCUCUUCUUCUCGGUGCCGACAUUGUUUUACAUUCUCUCACCAAAUAUGUCAACGGCCACUCCGAUGUUGUCAUGGGGGCUUUAAUACUUCCUCCUCAACAUACCAUAGUUUUGGAGCGUUUGCGCUUUUUGCAAAAUGCUAUUGGCGCUGUGCCUUCUCCAUACGAUUGUUGGCUCGCUCAGCGCGGACUGAAGACUCUCCAUCUACGGAUGAAGGCUCAUGGAGAGAACGCGCUUAAGGCUGCGAGAGCGUUGGAGCAGAGUCCAUUUGUAGAGGAAGUCAUUUAUCCGGGCUACGUACCUCUGAAACGAGGUGGAAACGACAAGGCGGUAGAACGCGCCAAGAGGAGGUAUGAGAUUGCCAAGCUCAAUCUGAGUCCGCAUGCGAGAAGGUGGAUAGAGAACAAUCCCUCUCCUGCAUAUACAUCUCCUUCGACAAACUCUGAUUUCGAGCCUACACAUCCGCCGUUUCCCUACUCUGGUAUGAUCUCGUUCCGUCUUCGUGCACCAUCACUAUCUACUACUCCUGCCCAACUUGCUUCACUUUCGUCGGAACUUCUCUCAUCCCUCCACCUCUUCACGCUCGCAGAAUCACUCGGUGGAGUCGAGUCUCUGUGUGAACUGCCGGCAUUGAUGACGCAUGCGUCGAUACCGCAGGAGGAGAGGGAAAACUUAGGUAUUACAGAAGGUUUGAUUAGGCUGAGCGUGGGCGUUGAGGAGGGAGACGAUUUGGUCGAUGAUCUAAGGAGGGGAUUGGAGAUCACUUUCGGAAAGGCCUGAAUCCAGGCUCAUUGUUUAUGCGUUAAACGUCAUUUUAUCUCGGCGGAUACCCUGACUUCAACGCAGGAUCUUGUCCGCGUAGAUUGUAGAAAGAUAUCGAUUCCGACUCAGCUAAGUACUGUAAUUCAUAGCAAUUUAAUUUGGAUUUUGUAGAUUAAGAGUCCUCAAUUCGUACAGGAGAAAAGCAGCAGCAACGCAUAUCACUGAAUUUUAUCAGGACUGUCCGCUCGUGAUUACAUACCUGUCCUCGAACAUGGAAGAUUAGGGAUGAAAUGUUCCAAAAUUUGCUAGUGGUAUACUUAUGGCUAAGCGUCUACCGCAUUGAGUCUCUUCAUUGUCAGUGUCAUGCAUAUGACGAGAGCAGUCGAGGAAUCAGUCGAGCCG